AUCGGGGUCAUCUUCUCGGCAAGGUGUAAACAAUACCCAAGGUCAUAUUCCUAUCAUGCACUUAGGGUAGAAAGGGCGCAGUCAGCGUGACACAUGGCAGGUGACGGGCACGCCUGCGAGUACCGAGUCUCAUUCGGACUCCACAGCUAUAUUGGCCACAGAGCACAGUGUGAUUUGGAACACACGUCGGCUACCGGACAACAUGACGGCAACUGUCAAGCUGUUUUCUUCGUGGUUCUGCCCGUUCGCACAGAGGGCAUGGCUCGCUCUACUGGAGAAAGGGGUGGAGUUCGAAUACAAUGAGAUUGACCCAUAUAACAAGACCAAGGAGUUUCUGACCAUCAACCCCCGAGGGCUCGUCCCCGUCAUCGUCAACGACGGCAAGUGUGUAUACGAGUCGGCUGUGUGUAUUGAGUAUGUGGACGAAGCCUGGCCAGACGGACCGUCCCUCCUUCCGAAAGAUCCGUAUGAACGUGCACAAGCAAGAAUCUGGGCUGAUUUCAUCACAAAGAAGAUCGUGCCGAAAUUCUACAUGGCCCUCCAGCGCCAAACUCGGCCAGAGCAGGAGGAAGCUAUGGAGGCCAUUUUGACAGCUCUCAUAGAGUUGUCGGGGGCCAUGUCAACUGAAGGUCCUUUCUUUGGCGGCCAAAAUUUUGGGCUCGUUGAUAUCAUGCUGGUGCCUUUUACCAUUAGAUUUGAAAUUUUGUCUCACUACAGGAGUUUUGCAGUUCCUCAGACCGACACAUUCGCUCGAUUCCGGAGAUGGAUGGAAGCGUGUCAUGCGCGUGACAGUGUCAAGGCCACACUGUCCACAAAGGAGAAGUACAUUGCCAUAUAUAAACGUUACGAAAACAACAGUGCCCAGACGGAAGUAGCCGACGCCAUCAGGAAGGGAACCACCCUUCCCUAACACUUCCCGCAAGAUUCACGCUCCUUUAUCUUUAAAAGGGACCGUUCAUAAUUUAUGGCUAGGGGUGGUGGUGUGUGUGUGUGUGUGUGUGUGUGUGUGUGUGUGUGUGUGUGUGUGUGUGUGUGUGUGUGUGUUGGGGGAAGAGAUGUGUGUGUGUUUGGGGGUUGAUGAUGAUUUUAUGGAGAAGCAUGUACAAUGAGAAUGACCCGCCCCCUCCUCCUAAUUUUUAUGUAAGUGACCCCCUGCAUGUCAUGUACAAAGUCAAUGAACCCCCUCCCUUUCCAUAUU